AUGAUUCGCGGCGCUUCGAUAAUAAUCUUAUCUCUGUUGCUAAUUUCGCACUUGGCUUCUGCGAAAGUUCUGUUGAUCGGGAUGAACACAUCUCUCUCCUUCGACGAUAUUCAAGCCAAUUUCACUCCGUUGAUUAAGAAAUCGGAUCAAUGUGGGGUAUUAUACGUAGCAGAGCCGCUCGAUGCUUGCUGGGAUUUGGUUAACACGGUGACUGUUGAAGAAGGAUCACUUGUUUCUCCUCCGUAUGUAUUGAUUAUUCGCGGUGGCUGCAGUUUCGAAGACAAAAUCAGAAACGCGCAAAAAGCUGGAUACAAAGCUGCUAUUGUCUAUGACAAUGAAGAUUAUGGCUUUUUAGUAUCAAUGGCAGGGAGUCCAUCUGGUGUGCUUAUCUACGGGACGUUUGUAUCAAAAUCAACCGGAAAAGUACUCAAAGAGUACGCGGGUCGUACCGAUAUGGAACUAUGGCUCAUACCAAGCUUCGAGACCUCUGCAUGGUCGAUCAUGGCUAUCUCAUUCAUAUCUCUACUAGCAAUGUCUGCUGUGCUCGCCACUUGCUUCUUUGUUCGUAGGCAUCGUGUUAGGCGCAGGCGAAUCAGGUCUCUUACUAGCAGUGAGUUUCCUCGUAUGGGCGUAAGAUCGAUAAGAAGCAUGCCAACUACGAUAUUCAACGGCGUUUGUGAAGAAGCAUCAACUUCUAUCUCGUGCGCUAUAUGUAUUGAGGACUAUCGUAUUGGAGACAAGCUAAGGAUCCUACCUUGUAAUCACAAGUUUCAUGUUGUAUGUGUGGACUUGUGGCUUGGCCAAAGGAGAUCCUUUUGCCCGGUUUGCAAACGCGACGCAAGAACCAUCAGCAUCGAUAUGCCGACUGCGUCAGAGCACACGCCUUUGCUUUCUCCUAGCUCGACCCCGUCGUCUUCUUUUCUCUUGUCGUCACUCUCUUCAACCCCAAUGCAGUCAUCUUACGAUCUACCUUCAACUUCCACCACAAUGCUGCAGCCACACACGGUCCCUAUGUAUCUCUCACACUCUCACUCCCAACAGAGCUUCCAAAACGGGUCAUACCGACGUUCCUUGCCUAUACCGGUUAGCCGGAGUUCGGUAGAGCUCAGAAACGCGGUUUCCAGAGGAUCUUACAACUCACCUCGCUCUGUUCACGCAAGAUAUACGCUCAGAGUUAGCCCGAGUAUCGCGUCAGGGAGUUGGGUUGUUGGGUCGUUGUUAAGCCAGCGGAAUCAUUCGGUUCACCUAAAUGACUCGCACUCGCGCAGGUCUCUCUCUCACUUUGCAUCUGCAAGCUCUCUACCAGACUGCUAA